AUGUUUAAAACAUUCUUAUUAUUUGGCGUGUCUGCCUUCGCAUCUCUUUUUCUGAUACUCGUAGGAAGAGAGUGGUACUGUUCAUUGAAAAAGAAUGGUCUUAAAAACCCUCAUUUGCUCGUCUAUUUUGGUUCUGGAGGCCAUACGGGAGAAAUGAUGAAUCUGCUUGGAGCAAUUGAAGAUCAACAGUAUCCGAUACGAUCCUAUGUAGUAGGUGCUGACGACAAGAUGAGUUAUACAAAAGCAAAAGCUUUAAUUUCUACUAAAUCUCAUCAUAAAUCUUCCAUUUUCACAAUCCCUCGAGCCCGAUACGUAAAGCAAGCAUGGUUAACGACACCCUUAACAGCUGUGUGGAGCCUUUUAUUUUCAAUUAAAGUGAUUUUUUGGAAUAAAAACGGUAUCCCAGAUGUUAUUCUUUGCAAUGGUCCAGGAACAUGCGUAUUUUUAUGUUUGGAAGGAUACGUAUCCAAGUUUUUUGGGAAGCGCAUUCGGAUAGUUUAUGUGGAAUCGUUUGCAAGAGUAAACAAACUUUCACUAAGCGGGAAAAUACUAUUACCGUUUGUUGAUCGCUUUUUAGUACAAUGGCCAGGCCUUGCACUCAAAUAUAAAGGUGCCGAAUAUGUUGGUGUUGUUGCUUGA